GGAGUUGGAGGAGGUGAAGUGUAAAGUGACUCUGGAAUGAGCGAAGAUGAGGCCGACACCAGGACGUGGUGGUUUUACUCUGCACUGGUGCUGAACCCCGUCUGGCCGGGAGCUUUAUUUGGAUCUCAUUCUGCACCUGCAUGGGUAAAGAGACUGACGACCACCAUAGGUACCGACUGUGUGGCUCGGCCUGAGUUAUUGCUGCGAGGUGUGAGACUGCCAGAGGCGCACAACAUGCGCGAAGGAGAAAACAGUUACAGUUGCACCCGUCGCCGGUCCAGGAAUUAGGGGUGUGGUCGAUCCCAGUGGUCCGGAGGGCCGCGGGUCGUAAUGGAGACUGUCCUGAGAGUGAAAAGCUCUCUGAGGACGCCCAUCCGGAAGCUGGCCGGCUGCGUGUCAGGGGCCAAGGGGAGGAGGCUCUGCGCCAAACGCAGGAGGACGAGGAGCGGAGGAGGCUUUCGAGGGGGCAAGGUGCCGGGGAAGACCCCCCCCCUCCGGGCUGCACCCCCCAGGGACCCCACAGUCGUUCGCUCAUACCAGGCAGAGCUGGAGAAGAAGAGGCAAAAAGCUGCGGGAGGCCAUGAACGCUCAGAAGAACGCAGAGAGAGCCGCCAUGAGGGCUCACUUCAGGAGGAAAUACCGGCUGUCGGAGAGCCGGAAGGACAGGGACCACCUGAGGUCUGCUGGCGGGAAAGUGUCGCUCCCUGACGAGCUGUCAAAGAUGAUUUAUCCUGAAACCAAAUCCAAGGACGACGGCUUCAACCUGCUGAGCGCCUUUCGAGGCCUCCGCGUCAGCACGGCGGCGCUCACAGGCAGAAAAAUCAGAAGGACGCCAGUUCCCACGCCAACAAAUAGGGACUCUUGUAGAGUCAUGUGAUCCCUACUGCAUGUAAUUAUGAAAUGUGAAGGAGCACAACUGCUGCUUCCACCUGACACCAUUUUAGUUGUGGUUAGAGUAAGUUUUAAUUUGAAUUCCCCACAUCCAGACUCCAUCUCCAUUUUUAUGAUAUUUCUAAUUCCUUUUUCCACUCAUCUGCCAAGGUCAAAGAUGAGUUGUCUCAAGUCAAAUGUAUGUUAAAAAUGUGGAAAAACAAAUCCGAUAAAUGCACGUUAAAUAAUACUAUGACAAAAAAGGAGAGCAGCAGUACAAAAGGAUCUAUUCUGCCUACUAAAAUAAACUCCAAUCUUGUAAUAGAAUUACAGUAAGCAAUACAAUCUAAUCUAAUCUGUAAGCACUGAUGAAGUAGCUUUUUAUUUAUUCAGGAUCAAUUGUGCCAUCAAUGACACAGAACAUUAAGAGUUCUGUGCAAUCACAAUGAAUCAAAUAGGACAAUGAAUUAAAUAGGAAAAAAAUCUCCCAGGUACUUUACAGCGACUUUUUGUCUUUGACUACUGAGGAAGACUUUAAAGUUCCCCACCUGUAAGAUGCAUGGAAGUGGUUGAAAAUGUGAUCUUAUUAGUUACCGUUAGGUUUAUGUUGGUAAAAUGUAAGGCUGGGCCCCUAAAACUAAGCCCUGCUACAGAGAGCAGUUUCAUACACAGAAAACGGUCAGUCGCUUUUCAUCUCUGAAUUUCUAAGCCAAGACUGUUCAGCUUCCACAUGCUGGACAAAUGUUACCCCCCCUCACAGUCUUUGGUGAGGAUUGGUCAUUGCAUUGUGAUCAUUUUGAGAAGAUUCUGAUACAGCAGUAUCAGGCUGAUGAUGAGUGAUGAGCUAAUAUACUAAGUAAUGUUGAAGAUGAGAGGGAAGGUCUUCAUUCGGAGGACUUUCUUUUUUUUUUUCAAGUAGCCGUAGC